UCCACCGGGAACACACUUCAGCUCUCCGUCCGCCGCAAGUUUGGGCGUUUUCCCUCCCGGUGCUCCGCUCUCAUCACACACACCGGACAUUUCACCGGAAAAACUACAGACUAACGGUUUUCACGCGGCCUUUUUGUCGCCGUUAUUUUUCUUCUUCUUCUUGGAGACACGGAGGUUGAACAGAACCGGAGAAGACGACUUUCCAACGGACCGGUAAACUCCGCCGACAGCGUCCAUGCUGGUCCCCACACAGGCUGUGCAGUGGUGGCUGAUCUGGGGUCAGCCUGGUGGACUUUAGGCUGCAGGACUGUGCGCUGCGAGUGGUCAUGAAGCUGCCCUGCUCCCUGUACGGCUCCCUGUGGUUCCUCUUGCUGCUGGGAGCCGGAUCUCUGCUGCUGCUCGUCCGCCUGCAGGACCUCACCGAGGUGGUGCUGCAGCAGACCCCAGGUGUUAACGUGCUGGUGGCUCCCAGGUGGCCUGUUGAGAAGGAUGUGGUGACGGACAGCGCAGCAGCUGCAGAUCAGCCUGCAGAGAAGUUUGAAGUCUCCUCUGAGUCUCUGUCGGAGCUUCAGGACUCAGUCGGCUCCAAACAGCCGGUCACCAAACGUCACAGGAAGUUGCUCCUGAAGAAUCCCAACUCUUCCAGCGCUCCUGCAGGUGGAGAGGAGAAGCUACAGCUGCUGCAGCAUCAGAGGCUGGCAGAGACGCAGGCGUCCCGGCGCCGCCUGCUGGCUGACGUCUGUGCCAAAUACCAGCCAGGCGUCACUGAGCGGCGUGUGUCUCAGCGGCAGGUGUCCCGGGUGUACGUGGAGGACCGGUCCAGGCUGCUGUACUGCGAGGUGCCCAAAGCCGGCUGCUCCAACUGGAAGCGGGUGCUGAUGGUGUUGGGUGGCAGCGCCACCUCCACACGAGACAUUCCUCAUGACGCGGCGCAUUAUGCCAACCACCUGCGGCGGCUGGAGAGCUACGACCGCGCUGGCAUCGCAGAGAGACUUCGCUUCUACACCAAAGUGUUGUUCGUCAGGGAGCCCUUUGAGCGUCUGGUGUCGGCCUUCCGGGACAAGUUUGAGAGUCCAAACUCGUACUACCACCCAGUCUUUGGACGCCCAAUCAUCUCCAGAUACCGCGCCAAUGCCACGCGCACUGCCCUGCGCACAGGUGCCGGUGUCACCUUCAGGGAGUUCGUGCAGUACCUGCUGGAUGUGCGGCGGCCGGUGGGGAUGGACAUCCACUGGGAGCCCAUCAGUCAGCUGUGUAACCCCUGCCUCCUCAGGUACAACUUCAUCGGCAAGUUUGAGAACCUGGAGGAAGAAGCCAACUUCCUGCUGCAGAACGUCGGCGCACCGAGGAACCUCACGUUCCCCGACUUCAAAGACAGGAACCCCCGAGCUGAGAGGACUUCCUCCAAAAUCACCCAGAGGUGCUCCGUGUCUCAGUCGCUCAGUUUAACUCUUUGACAGUCUCUGAAUCGUGGUGAUGACUUUUUUUUUACCCACAAUGCAGCAGGUGUGACAGGAACAACAACACUCUGACAUGUCUUAUAUGCUGCACAUCACUGAGACUUUAAAUAUGCACUAUGGUUAACGUGUGUCUGAUCUGUUUGUGAAACUGUUUUUAUUUUUCUGUCGCAGAAUCAGAGGAGUUCAGGUACAGACUCAUCAACUGAACACCAGCUCUGAUCCACAGUUUGACGUCGCGUCUCUAAAACAAACAUCACAAUCUCUUUAUUUGUCAUUCUUUAUAUAAACACAAACCAGACGUGACCGACUGUCAGCUGGAGAACAUUUCUCUAUCAGUUCUUUCAUAAAUAUAGUUCAUACCCUCAAAUUAUUUCAAAAAUAUUCAGCUUACUUUGAUUCAAAAAAAUUCAAGAUGCUGAAACAUCAAAUGUUUUGUAUUUUUGUUGAGAACUUUCCGAAGUGAUCAAUCAGUUAUCAGAAUAACUGUCAGUUAAUAUGUAGGUAUGAAAUAUAAUAAACAUAAUAAUAUGUUAAAGCAGUGGCUCCCAACUGGUAAUUAGUUCAAAGUCCACACAGUUAAAUAUACUCGGUGUCAUACUUGGUUUGGCGGUGUCGUCGAGUUAGCUACUUGUCAGAGACAGCAAACUGUCUGUUAGUUUCUCACUCUACAGCAGCAAACGGCAUUUCAAAAUAAAAGUUCUGUGCUAGAAAUUCAACAUGACACAUCUGUAAGUCGCUUGCAGUCCAUUCAGAAUUGACCCAUGACCCACUUUUGGACCACGACCCACCAGGUGGGAACCACUGUGUUAAAGUAUCUGCUGUUAAUAUACUGUGUGUGCUGUAUGUAAUAAUAUACACACACUAUACCUAAUAAC